UGACGGCUGGCGAGGAGAGCGUCUGCUUCAUGAGGGGGCCUUUGUGUCUCCGGGUUGUUGGUCUUAUUUCAGUCUUCACCAGAGUCUGUCAGUGAUGAAUAUGGAAAGUUAGGGUAAACAUAGGUGGCUUGCCCCCAAAUGAUCACAAUGGAAGUAUUAGAAGCUAACAAGAUUUUAUCUGCAGCUCAGGAAUGUGAGAGUGAGUCUGUAGGAGAGGGAGGGUCAGCAGAAUGUCUACUUCAGGACACCCCACCUGCAGCAUCAAUCUUAACACCGAUGACACCCAAUAUGACCCCAUCUCAGUCUCAGCACACGGCCUCCACAACUGAUCUUGACAAAAAUACUCCAAGUAUUGAUAAUUUGCUACAACAGGAGGAAGGUGGGGGGAGCAUUGGAAGCAUUGAGGCUAUUUCUGGUACAGUCCGAUCCAGACUUCUGCCAGGAGAAACACAUUCAAGAGCUAGCAUGAAUAACUUGCUGGAGACAAGUAGCAAUGCCUCAGAUAGUAUUCACAGAAAUAGUGCCAUUUUUGUAGAUGAUGCAGCUAUACACAGUGCAGGUGAUACACGAAGUAACAGCAGAGAUCAAGAGGAUUUAGAUGGCAUAAGUGUUGUAGAAGGAGAUAUCAAAGUGGUGUCGGACAGUGGAGAGUCAGGAGAUGAGAGAACGGGAUCCAAGAGUCUCGGAAACGAAAUUGGGGGCACCAGUGGCUGUGGUGGAAGCAGUGACGGUGGUGGCAGUGGUGGCCAAGUGGUGUUCAGUGAAGAGCUGCCGGAAGGGCUGGAGUCAUACGUGACACUGACAGGCACCAUCAAACGUGGGAAGAAGAAAGGCCACAGUAUUGAUGUUAAGGUAAAUCUGUCUCGGGAAGAACUAGAGGAUCUGGAAGCUUCUAUUACGCAAACUUUGGGCCCUGAUAAACCCAAGCCUUCCUGCUCCCUGCGUUAUGGCCUGCACAUAACCUUACUCUCUAUCCUCUGCUUCCCAUUUGUCUUCCUGGUGUCUGGGGCUUACUCAUUUUACCUUGGAACCCUCACGUGGUAUAGCAUGUUGACAAGGGUUACAGAAGCUCGAUGCCUUCCCAAGAUUACGCUCCCACCGCUGCUCAUAUUACUGUAUCCAUUCCUGAUAAUUGUCUUUACUCUGGGCUUAGGCAUUUAUGCUGCUUGUGUACAGAUAUCCAUAUCAUAUGAUUCCUGGUGGUGUGAGGUAAGUGAUCCAGAGAAAGGGUUUUAUGGAUGGUUGUGCUCACUACUCCAUGUUGAGGAAUGUGCUCCUUAUGAGACUGUUGUUCUCAUGACCGAACCUCUGCACACUAAGGUCCGGGAGGGUACUGUGUAAGACUUGGCUGUGCCCUUGGCUUUAAGGUAUAUUUAGUAGGUACUUUUUUUCCUCAAGUCAUAUUAUUUUAGUUUUGAGGCGUAUAUCUCAUUAGUUCAUUAGUUUAGUGAUACAUAUGGUAUUUUAAUACUUUCGAUUAGAAUUUUAAGGUAUUUCUUUGGAUUCUUAGCUGCUAAUAAGAAUGUGAAUACUCAUUGUAAUUAGAUUAUACUUUAGAAAAGUAUUCUUGAUGCUCAUAUUAUACCCCCCAAAAUCCUGUGUUAUUCAGUGAAACUUGUGCAUUCCUUUUUGUUGAAUAUGUUUAGAAUUUUCUUUGUAUGUUAAAUGUAUUUUCUAUAUUGUUUUAUAUGAAUAUGUUUUAUUGUGAUAUAUGUUGCUGUUAUAGUGCUAUUUACUGAGAUGAUUUUGAAAGGUAAUACUUCAUUUACCAGUGCACUCUUGCCUGCAUAUUUGCCUUCAGUUGAUUCAUUGUUUUAGCUGUCAAUUUUUUUUUUUUUGUAAAAGUUUAAUUGAAAUUUCAGAAAUAUUUUAAAACAUUAUUUUGUUGAAGAUGGUUUGACACAUUUGUAAUUGGUUGAUUGUCAUGAUUAUUUUAUUUUUGAUGUGCACUCUUUAAGAAAUUCUAAAUGAAAUCUCAUAGAACUACAACAAAUACUCAUGUUUGUUAAUGAAUGAAAUGAUUAUUGUGAAUUAUGAUUUGAUAAUCAAGUUCUAGUCAGUUGGUAAUGGCAACUUGUACAGUUUGGGGAAAAUUAUAGUGAAAUUUCUUAUUUGUUAGUUUUGCUAGCAGUUGAAUUUUCAUGUGAUCAGACUGGUAUACAGUUUACCUUAAGGUUUCAGUGUAGCUUUUCCUUUUUUUCUAGUUUUUGUUUAAAGUCCCUGUUUUAUGAAAGGAGAACGAGUUUCAAAAACGUUGAUCAUAUAUUCUCAUAUACUUUUCCUUGCACAUUGUAUUUAUAUAACAGAGUUGUAUUGUUUAAGAAUAUGAUAUGUCCUUUACCAAAUGGUGUUAAAUCUCCGUCAUACAUGGUGUUUUUCAGUUCUGAUGAAUGUAAGAAACAUCCAUGUUUUUUUUCACAUUAUGGUAUUGUAAAUUCUGUGUUCUUUAUUAUGGGAGCAUUAGCUCUUGAAACUUGUGCUAUAAUGGUUGUAAGUCAGUAUUAUGAUGAACUGACAAGUGUUUUGUAAUGGAAAAUUUAUAAUGUGCUUCUGAUGAUAGACAGUUGCUUCCAUUUCUUUCACAUUACUUACUCUACUUCAUACCUCAUGAUAUGUACAUCAGUUAUUUGAUUUUCAAGUGUUAGAUUAUGAAGAUGAAACAUCAUUCAAUGUAUAUCUAAGUGGAUGCAGUAGAUGACAUUUUUUUUAUAUAGAAUUUAGGCAACAGGAUCCCUAUAUUGCCAGAGUACCUUAGAAUGUGUAAAACUGUUUAUCUUGGCUGUUUGACUGAUAAACUGGAAGAAAAGCAGGAUGCAGACUUUUUAUAUUAUUUAAAGAUGCCUUGGUAGAUUUUAGGGUUACCAGGUUGGAGGUUAACAUCUAGAAGUGUAUUUAGUGCUCUACCUAGAAGGUGUAUGUAGAAAAUUUGUAGUAACUGAGGAGGAGCUGGGGUUUACCUUCUUAAUAGUACCUGAGAUUGGCUUCCUCUUCAUAAACCUAUGAAGCUUCAUGGCUCAUAAGCAUAUUUAUACGAAAGGUCCUGCUAUCUGACUUUUGUUUCUUGCCAGUAUUUUGUAGAGAAUUCAUAGGUCUGCAGUAAAGCUUCAUUUCAUUGAUUGAGAAAUCCAGUUGUAUUACAUUGUCUGACAGACUUAAUAAUAGCCUAGACUAGAAAAAGUAGCCAGACAGUAGAAACAGAUUUGUAACUGAAAUCCAUCAUGAAAACCUGCAUGUGUUUCACCCUUUUUACUUUUAUGAAAGGAAGGUAUUUAGAAAAGACACACUCAUUUCAUAUAUAUAUGAUGAGGGUCAAGUGAUACUUGACUGAAUUUAUGCUGAUUAUGGUAAAUAGAUUCAGAAAUAAUAAUAGAUGGAUAUCUAUUACAGUUAUCUGUCAUGUGAGAAAGAAUGUAGAUGGAAGACAAUAAGUGGUGACAAGACCUGUUUAAAAAUGGGUAUAAGCUUAAAAGUCUUUCACUUAUAAUUUAAUUAAAGUUGAUAUACUGUCUUUAGAGCACAUAGUAGCCUGUUUUGAAAGUGGGGUUACACAGAAAAUAUAUAUUUCAAUUUUUUAUUUUGGCUAACUGAAAAAGUAAUACAAACACAGUGAUCAGUCUCAAAUUGAUGAAGCAAGUAGCUACAGUAAUUUAAUGAAUGCCAAGUUGAGCUGCAUUUUUUGUAAACUAGAACCACCGUGAAUUCUUAAAGUCAGGUGUGUGUGUAAAUUGAUUCAGGCAAGUGUCAAAUGGGUAUGUAUGACACACAAGGGUUCUUCCUUGUGAGCCCAGGUAAAUUAAGACUAGAAACAGACAUGAACAAGUUGGCAGCCUCACCAACGAACCCAAAGUGCAUUGCAGGUGAAAAGUAAGAAGUUAAGCAGUCAAUCAGUCUUUCAAAUUUUGUUUAGACAUCUAACAUUCAUUGACCAUUGUGUAGAUGAUGAUGGUUCUAAUUGUAAAUGUUUUGCAACUUAGCAUUAAUUAAAUUCUGUGCCUUUUACUGUGGCUACUGUUUUAAGAAAUUUCUGACUUAUUCUAGCAUAUUUUUAAAGGAAGGUACUUUAAGGUACUUUAAUCAGCAUAUUGAUUUGCAUAUAUCAUAUACCAUAUGGUUGUUUUUGUCAUAUCUCAACUUUCAAAGUUUCAGACUCAUUUUUUGUGAAUUUAGUGUAUAUUUUUGGACAUACAUCUAUACCAGAAAAUCUCUUGUGUUUUUAGCUCAUGAAACAUCUGUGGUUGGUCUUUUAUUUUAGUUUUCCCUGUGAGAAAAAAAUGAGAAAAUAAAUUUCACAGACUCCUACUACUUCCUGGAGCUCAAUAGCAGGAAGGGUACUUUUUCUUGUUCAUAGCAAUUUAAUGGAUGGAUUUUUGUCUGGAAAUAUUCACAGAAAUUGCCUAACAUAUUGCAUUAUUUGAGGUGAAUUUUAUUAAUGUAUAUUAACAAGAUUAAAAAUAUAAUGAAUUAUGGUAAAUGGUUUUUUUUUUUUUUUUUUUUUUUUUUU